UUCAAUCAACUGAAGAGUGAAUAUAGCCAGUGUGAGCAGGAAAUCCAAGAUCUUAAUAAAGACAUAGAGCGUCUUAAAAAUAAUUCAGAAGAAGAGAUAGCAGAGCUAAGAUCUGAAAUCUCCAGUCUAAAAAGUCAGCUAUAUCAAGUUAAGAAGGAUGUGUGA